AUGAGUUCUUCUGCACCAUCUAAACAUGGCUUCCGACAGGUUGUGGUUCCCAUAGUUGAUAAUCGACAAUUCAUGGGUGCCGAUCAAGUUGCCCCCAGACCCACCCAAGAAUCCCCAUGCGGUAGAAUCUGUGCUAUUGUUGCCUGCAUAAUCCUCGUGCUUCUAUGUCCUGGAUUGUUUGGAUACACGAUUGAACUGGUUAAUAAUUUCAAAGAUCCCCGGUUUCAAGUAGAAUCUUUCUCAUUCUCUGCUCCCAAGCUUUCCACUAGGAGUGAUAAUAUUAAUGAUAUUCCAAUAACAGCAAAUUGGAGCAUAGGGAUCUCGAUCACGAACCCGGCUAAGCACCAUGCUGUCACUUUUGAAAAUAUUGAGGUAUCAGUCUUGUACGAUGCCACGAAGAUUCUUUCCACGGAAACAAUUGGAACAUUUCGUGAAGCACCAAUGGAUGUGACGAGGUUUGUGGUGCAUCCAAAAGCGUGGUUGGAAAGUUCAGUCGCGAGUGCCAUUGCUAAUGACUCAAGGGCUGAUGGAGCUGUUGAUUUUGAUUUGAGGGUUUGGGCCAAUUCAACCUAUAUUAUGAAGAUUACUCACAAGAGAUAUCAUCUUGUUUUCGAUGUUCAUUGCAGGAACUUGAAAGUUGGAUUUUCGUCUAAUGCAACUGAAGGUGAGAUGCUGCUCGGAGGAUCAAAACAAUGUCUGAUCGCGGGCUAUCUGGAGAUGCAUACAUAUAAUUAA